UCGCGCAGCAGUGACGGCACGAGGGGGUUCCAGGGCCGGGAGGGAUUCUGGCUGUCUCUCAAAGAUUCCGCGGCCCUUUGUUCCCAGACUGGUGUCUGGACCAAACUUGGGCCAGGCUUUCGCGGCUACUGGUCGGCUCCCGACCAGCUCAAGUGGCGGGAGGUGCGGCUGAGAAAAGGCUGCAACAGAGGCGUGCAGGAGAGGUCCUAGAAUCCUUUAUAUGCAGCUUUCAAAGAAGAAUGGAGGAAAAUAUGAAGUUUGCCACAGUGGAAGACACUGUGGAGUACCACCUUUUCCUAAUACCAGAUGAACCAAGAGACCCAGAAAAACAUAAAGAGAUUCUUCAUAAGUAUAUUGAGAGGAUAAUGACCCAGUUUGCCCCUAUGCUGGUCCCAUAUAUCUGGCAAAAUCAGCCUUUCAACCUCAAAUAUAAACCUGGAAAAGGAGGUGUUCCGGCUCAUAUGUUUGGUGUGACAAAGUUCGGGGAUAACAUUGAGGAUGAAUGGUUUAUUGUUUAUUUAGUAAAGCAAAUCACAAAGGAAUUUCCGGAGUUAGUAGCAAGGAUUGAAGACAAUGAUGGUGAAUUCUUAUUAAUAGAAGCUGCUGACUUUCUCCCUAAAUGGUUGGAUCCUGAGAAUAGUGCCAAUAGGGUGUUUUUCCACCAUGGGGAGUUGUGUAUUAUUCCUGCACCAAGGAAAUCUGGAGCAGUAUCCUGGUUACCCGCCACAACCCCAGCAAUUCCACAAGCAUUGAAUAUAAUUUCAGCACACCCAGAAAAAAUUUUGGCUUCAGAAUCUAUACGAGCUGCUAUAACCAGACGCAUCAGAGAAUACCCAGAAAAAAUUCAAGCCUCCCUUCAUCGAGUGCACUGCUUCCUUCCAGCUGGCAUUGUAGCAGUGCUAAAGCGGCACCCCAGAUUGCUGGCAGCGGGAGUCCAGGCAUUUUACCUCCGGGACCCCAUUGACUUGAGAGCCUGUCGUAUUUUCAAGACAUUCUUGCCUGAAACACGAAUAAUGACAUUGGUCACUUUCACUAAAUGUCUGUAUGCACAGUUGGUGCAACAAAGGUUUGUGCCAGACCGGCGGAGCGGAUACAAGCUGCCUCCUCCAUCUCAUCCCCAGUACCGAGCCUAUGAAUUAGGCAUGAAGUUGGCUCAUGGAUUUGAGAUCUUAUGCUCCAAAUGUAGCCCACAUUUUUCUGACUCAGAGAAAUCCAUCAUGACUACCUCACCACUCUGGACUGGCUUCCUUGAAAGUCUGAGAAAGAAUGACUACUUUAAGGAACUGAUUGAGGGUUCUGCUCAGUACCUGGAAAGAGUAGAAAUGGCAAAGAACUACUUCCAACUCUCAGUAAACCAGCCAGAAAGCUCUGAAGCUAUGAGCCCAGGUGAAGAAAUCUUAACCCUGUUACAGACCAUAUCAUUUGAUAUAGAAGAGCUUAAGAAAGAAGAAGCUAAUCUUCCCCCAGAAGAUGACGACCAGUGGUUAGAUCUCUCACCACAUCAGCUAGACCAGCUACUGCAUGAAGCUGCUGGCAAAAAAGCAGCAGAGCCUAUUUCCAAGGAGGAAAAGGAGAACUAUGACUUAACUCAAGUCUCAGAGAGCAUGAAAGCUUUCAUAUCCAAAGUCUCAACCCACAAAGGAGCAGAGCUGCCUCGAGAACCUUCUGAGUCUCCAAUUACUUUUGAUGCAGAUUCUUUUCUUAAUUAUUUUGAUAAGAUUUUAGGGCCAAGGCCUCGGGAGUCGGACUCUGAUGAUCUGGAUGAGGAAGACUUUGAAUAUUUAGAUAGUGAUGAUGACUUGGAUCUCAAAACACAGGAGCCUGGGGAAGAAGCAUCUGUAAAAGGAACUCUUGAUGGUCUCAAGUCAUACAUGGCCCAGAUGGACCAGGAAUUGGCACAAACCAGCAUUGGCAAAAGUUUCACCACCCAGAAGCAAAUGGAACCUCUAUCUCAGAUUGUCAAUAACAGCUCAGAUGAGGAAGAUUCUGGUGCAGAAGGAUCUAUUAUGACAGCAGCAGAUAUAGAUCUGAACCUGGUUUCAAAUAUUUUGGAAUCCUAUAGUUCACAAGCUGGACUGGCAGGACCUGCUUCUAACCUUUUACAAAGCAUGGGAGUGCAGCUGCCUGACAACACUCAUCACAGACCCACAACUUUCAGAUAUCCUCGGAGUUCUAAGAAGCAAAGCCCUCUCCUUACUCACUGCUGGGAAACAAAGUUCAGUAUUGCAGCUCCUCCUAUCAGCCCUCUCUCAUCUUUUCUUUUUCAAAACAACACAGUAAUCCAAAAGCAAACAGUUUCUCAUGGGUAAGUUUGAAAAACUCAUAACCAGGAAUCCUGCACACUCCCCUUUCUAUCAGUAUUUUCAGAUAUUGGGGAUGUGUACACAUGUGCUCACAAACACACCCACAGAGAGAUAAAAAAGAUUGGGAGACAGUAAUACACAUGGACCCUGAACUGUUUUCUUCUAACUGCAAGAUAUGAAGAAAUCUCAGAACCUCUCUUUCGAGAGUACUUUUCCCUUCUUGUUGCUAGAUUCAUCUUGGGUCAGGGCAAGCUGCCAAUCUAACAGGACAAUCAAGUCCUAUCACAAAUUAUCCCUCAGCAUUUCCUGAUAAAGGCACUUUGAUUUCCCCAAAGCAAUGAUGGUUUGCUGGCAAUGGCAAGAGCAGUGACCUGGGAUCAAAAGGAAUUUCAGUGCUUCAACUUGUCUAGUUCUAGAAUAUCUUUUGCUUAGUCCUUUGGGACUUUGAUAUGUAAAUAAUCUUAAGAUCUCUGGCACUUGUGUCUUUAAUCACAAAUUAGUACCUAAAAUCAUCUGAAGAUACAACUCUUUCCCCAGCCAUUCCUAUUUUCAAACAUACCUCUGUCAAGGUAUUUCUUUUCCACAUUGUUUCAGUUGUUCCACGGACUUGGACUCUUUAGUUUGUCACAUUAAUUAGAGAGAUUCCUUUUCUCCCUGCAUCACCAAAUUCUCACUCUCUACAAUUUUCUCACUUCAUAAGACAGAAAAAUACAUCUGAACAGAGGUGUGGAAAUUUAUUUUAUUUCUUCCAGAUAAAUUCUUCUCCCCUAUGACAAGGUAUAGAAUGGUAAAUAUGAAUGACAGGAAAUCCUAAAUUUGGUUUAUUCCAUUAAAACACAAGAAGUGGUUCAUCCUCAUUAAUCUCUUAGUUGAAGUUACUGAGUGUACAAAUGGCAGCAACCAUUUUACGCUGAGGAAAACAGAAAUGGCAAAGUGAUCAUCUUUUCCUUGGGUCACAAACUGAGCAAGUAACAGCAGCAAAAAAAAAGGAUAUACCUUGAGCUCCACUGGGAUGCAGUUACCUGAACAGAACAUUUCUGCAUCUGAUUAUAGUGUACUUUGAGUGAGGAAGACCCUGGCUCCCACUUUCAUCAUCUCAUCAAGUAACUUAAAGAAAUAUGACUUCUAUUUAACUACUGUGUACCAAAUAACUACAUAAAUUUUACAAUAUUAUUUUGUGCUAUUUUUCUUAAUUUUGUGAAGAUAAAAAGUAACUCAAUAGUGGGUUGAAAUUUGCUGUAUAUUUUCAAUACUAAGAUAAAAAAAGUUUUAACCAAAACAGGUACAUUUUUGCAGUUAGUAUAAACCCAUCAUUAUUUAACAAGAUACAUGCCAAAAGAUGUUUGCUUCCAAGUCCCAGUUAAAAAUGGGUGAACAAGGGCCUACAUCCAAAUGAAUGUUUCCACCUUCCCUCUCAUUUGACAAUUGUUUUCUCCUCGGUUUUGGCAUUUUUCGAUUGCUUUGAGUAGGAACUUCUUUCAUUAACACUGCUGAUAAAGGUGUCCUGCUAUAGGUGCACCUUCUGCUCUGCCUUAUUAAAAGAUUGACUUGGAUAUGG